AGGCAGAAGCGCUAGUCAGUCACACAUCUCCGUCAGCAGCGCCGGCAGUGGUGUCGCCAUGAACAAGUACUUCCCAGGGAUCGGCCGCAUCGAGUACCGGCCUGAUGCCGGACCCGAGGACACGCUGGUCUUCCGGCAUUACAAUGCCAAAGAGACCGUGCACGGCCGGACUAUGGAAGAAUGGUUGAAGUUCUCCGUCUGCUACUUCAACACCUUCAGGUACUUGGGCUCGGACGACCACUACGGCGAGCGCACGCACCAGCGGUCCUGGGAGGAUGGCUCUCGCUCGCUCGACAACUACAAGCGAAGGAUGAUGGCCGCCUUCGAGUUCUUCCAGAAACUUCACGUCAAAUACUACUCGGUGAGCGACCGCGACAUGGCGCCGGAGGGAGAGAACUAUGACCAGACCAACACCUUCCUUGACGAAAUGGUGACGCUGGCGUGUGACCUGCAGAGGCAGACGGGCAUGAAGCCUCUGUACUACAGCGCUGACCUGUUUUCUCACCCUCGCUACAUGAACGGCGCUGGCUCCAACCCCGACGCCCACGUGUUCGCGUACGCCUGCGCCCAGGUCAAGCGCAGCAUGGACGCCGCCAAGCGCUUGAACGCCGAGAACUUCGUGUUCUUCAACCCCCGCGACGGCUACCAGAGCGUCCUGCAACGCCAGUUCUUCCGCGACAUGUCCCACAUGGCGCAGCUGUACCGUAUGGCGGCGCAGUACAAGGACAAGAUCGGCUUCAGGGGCCAGCUGCUGAUCCAGCCUAAGCCAGCCGACCCUCGCCGCCACCAGUACGAGUCCGACGCCAUGUCAACCAUGCACAUGCUGCGCCACUUCGCCCUCGACAAGCACUACAAGCUGUACAUCAAGCCCGCCUUCUCUCGCCUCACCAGCCGCCCCUACGAGCACGACGUCUACAUGGCCGCCGCUUACAACAUGCUGGGCUGCCUCGACGCCUCCGACAGCUGGCCAGAGUUCAACGCGACGUCAGAUAUCUGCGCACAGGACAUGCGGGACGCGACGCUCGUCAUGAAGUGCGUGCUCGAGCAGGGCGGCCUGCAGCAGGGCGGCUUCACCCUGGGCGGCCGCGUCCGCCGCGAGUCCACCGAGCCUCGAGACCUGUUCCACGGCCACAUCAUGGCCAUGGACACCUUCGCCCGCGCCCUCAGGAACGCCGCCCGCAUGAUCUCCGACGGAUCCUUCAGCCGCAGCAUCCAGCAGCGCUACUCGUCCUACAAGUCUGGGUUCGGCGAGCGCGUGGAGAUGGGCAACAUGACCUUCGACGACUGCGAGGACUUUGUUCGCAAGAACGGAGAACCUCUGCACCAGUCCAGCCGCCAUGAGCACUACGAGAACAUGUUCAACUACUACAUCAGUCCUCCUCGGCAGUAGAUAACAUCACAUUUAGUUAACAUGCCUCUACCACCGUGCCAUUUUUAAAAUAUUUGCGCGGUUAUAAGUGUCAAUAAGAUCUCACAAACGCAGCUGGGUGUGCCUUUAAGCAAGGGAGGUUUGGUACUGUAGGAAAGGUUUAAGCGAGAAGGAAUGCGCCACGGAGCGAGGGAUAUGACUUUUUGACUCCCCGUCGGACGUCAUGUCUUCCUCGGAACGACCGGGAAUUCAUGGAAAUCUGACGAAGACAUGUCAAAACGUCUAAAAUUGCAACCUCUCGCUCAGUGAAGCCAUUCUUUUUCGCCGCCGCCUCUGCUACAUUCAUCACAACAGACUCUUUUCAUCGAGGUUCGGUUCUGCACCAAAGAUCUUUCACACGAGGCCAGCCGACUGCCCGACGGACGAAAGGGGAUCAGUAGCUCCUCCCACUUCCCUCGUCACAGGGGAUCUACGGAGAGCGCAGCAUCCAAAAGGGAGCAAACACCUUAAGUCUCUUGGAUGCAGAGAAUGAUGUUAAUGUUGCAACACCAAAUUAAAACGAGAGUAUAAAUCUGUAGUAUCAAUCAGCAUUUUUUUCUAAAUUGAAUUAUACGAUAACAAAAUUAAGGGAAAUAUAUAACCUCAAAGACUAACCCAAAUGAUUUAAGUGAUAUGAAUAAUAAUGUUCAUAAAGAAAGAAAAAGAACACCAAAUGUAUUGAAAGUAAUUAUGUACUAAAGCGAAAUCUGAUGGCGGAGAUAAAGGGGAAAAGUGCUAUACUUAUAGGUAGGCGUCAGAAUUUUUUUUAAAGUCACAGAUGAAAGGAGACUGACUUAAAUUCAAGUUUUUAUUCUCGUUUGAUAAAGAUCGUCAUCCAGUAGUGGUAAGCAGUAAAAUGAGACAUGAUGAGACUACGAGUUUGAUCUUUAUUCAUUUAUCUAUCUUUUUCAUAUUCAUUAAAGUUUAUUAUACGAAUUUCUCGCCUUAGCAAAUUUCAAGUUUCAUAAAAAAAUAUAUAUACAUUAUUAGCACAUGGCUUUUUCAUCAUAAAAAAUGGCAACUAGUAGGUCUUCCUCUGCUCAGAUCAUUAUCACGUUUUUAUUCCAUAUCCAAAACAUUCAGAAUGAAAAUAUAAUCCCGAAUUAAGUAUUUCAGUUGAAAUUACCUAAAUUGGCGGUAUACUGCUCAUGAUUCAGGACAUCGCGUGUAAAACAUAAUAAACAAGUUGAUUGGAUUGUAUAUUACGAAUAAAUUUGGUCAAUG